AUGACCGUGAGUGGCCCUGCUAAUCUCCUCUCUAAAAAAAUUUAAAAGAUAAAAAUAAAAAUGGGGGCUUGCUUCUGCAGAAAGCUCUGUCCCGGAAGGGCUCGAGCCGCAUGGAGAGACGGGGCCCCGAGGAGCAAGAGCCUGACGAUGCGUCCAAGAAGUUUACGGUGAAAGGUCCGUCGGCACAUAGCUUAAUUAUAUUUCCUGCUCAUCUUUUAUUGGCGCCUGCCAUGAAUCGAGGCCGUGGCUUUUAUUCAUCUGACAGUCGCCAACCACCCUCCUAGCGGGAGUUAUAUAAUGCCGUCCUAUGGUAGGCAUUAGCUUCACCGGGUCCUCUCUGCAGUUGUUUCCUCGCAGCUUGACCAGUUCAAGCAUCCCUUGGCGGCCAGCAGAGCAUUAGCUACGGCCAACUCUGCUGCAAGUGUACCCAGCUUGGCGGAUGCGGGGGAGGGGAAGUGCAGGAGGUUCAACCGUCUGACGGCCGUUCAUCCCAGAAAGAUACUUCUCUUCUUCGCCACCAUGUGAGUUCCUCUUCCUCUUUCCAUUGAAACCUUUGAGAACUACUAGGAAGAGGAGGAAACCAGCGCUGCCCAAUUCACCGGCUAGCUCAAUUUUUAACCACUGAUUCCGUCUCUCUCGGGCCACCUUCGCAGUGAGCAUGAAUAACAUGACAGAUCUGGGAGCCGGGCCCCUUUCGCAGUUAUUAAACCCUGCUCUAGAUGCUGUAAAUAGCAGAAUAAGGGUUUCGCAGUGUGGUAUGACAGUCUCGGCAUUGCCUUCUUUCAGGUCCAGCGUGGGGACGAUGAUACUCAUUUAUUGUACCCUCGCCAUUAACCGAAGAGGUGAAUCCUAG